AUGGUGUCGGGAGAGGCCUCUGAGCGACUGACUGAAAAACUUGAUAACAUUCUGUUGAGGGAUCGGAGCCUCUCUCUCUCGCUCUCUCUCUCGGUACUACAACUACCACUUGUCGACUUUCUUAGACUAAAGCAAUUGGUGCAACAAGUCAAAAACGACACCAUCUCGAAGGAAGAUCUCAUUCAAUCCUUGAACUCGAUUUGCACCUCAAUACACAAUCUCUACAUUGCUCAAAAGCGGGAGAUUCUGGACAAUGACAGCGAGUUCAGUGAGCUCUUAAACUCCUUCGACCUCGAAGACAGUGGAGACAACCGAGGAGGCAAAGGGGAAGAAGGAGAGGAGGGUGAAAUGCGUUCUACAAUGGUCUCCAAAAUGGUGCGCUCCUGGCUUGAGACUACCUUCACAAAGCAAGCUACUUGGCAUCGCAACACCAGUAACGCACCGCGCCUCACUUUCAAGCAAGCUGUCAUCAAAAUCAAGGCACGUAUCAAACUCCACAGGCUUUUUGGAACAGGCGCGUUCAUUUGCCUAAAACCAUCACCUGAGGCUAACGAACUGUUUCGUGAAAAGGUGAAAGAUUGGAGCUUUGAUGUUUUCCACCUCAACACAUUGAUCGAGGGCCAUGUGCUAACGUACAUGGGUGUAAAAAUCUUCCAGCGGCAUCGAAUUUGCGAUAUCUUUAAUAUUCCCUGCAGAGUGUUGGAAGCCUUUCUCUCGCAGCUUGAGCGCGGCUACAGCAAGUACGGCAACCCCUAUCACAAUCUUAUCCACGCUGCUGAUGUCGUGCACACAUGCAAUUCCAUCAUGGAGGGCUCGGGUCUCACCGAGUUGAUGACGCAGGAGGAAAAAUUUGCUAUUCUGUUCGCUGCGUUGAUUCACGAUUUCGAGCACGCGGGAACCACUAACGGCUACCAAAUAAACGUGAGGUCGCAAUUAGCACUGUUGUACAACGAUCGUGGUGUUUUGGAGAAUCAUCACAUCAGCGCGGCUUAUCGCGUUGCUCAACUCCCCGCUUUCAACAUUUUCAUCAACGUGCCUCGAAGCAAAUUCCAGGAAAUACGACAGCUUGUGAUCGAGAUGGUUCUCAACACAGACAUGUCUCUGCACUUUUCUCAAAUCAAAAUGGUCACUAAACUUCUGAAACUGCCCGAACCAAUUGAAAGACCCAAAGCAUUCUCGCUCCUCCUACAUGCAGCAGACAUUUCGCAUCCAACUAAGAGCUGGGAUUUGCAUGAAAAAUGGACCUACAUGCUUGUAGAAGAAUUCUUUAAUCAGGGGAUAGAAGUCAGGAACCGAUUCAGUAAAAAGACCAUUUCCAUUUACUGCUACUUGCUGCACAGUUGUAGAAUCGGUUUGUGCGUUUUAGGGUUCAUUAAUUUCAUUGUGAUGCCCACCUUUCAACUAUUGAAGGAAAUGUUGGAAAGGAUUUACAAAGAUGCAAAAAACCAACAACAAAGCCCUGCUUUGUCCAGUAAAGUAGACGUUAACCAGGUGCAAUGCCCUGGUGGUGGAGAGUUUGGAAGGUCCACACUCCUCGUCAAGAAAAAUGCAAAUUUUGUUAACUGCGCUCGCUUUUAUCAUUUACAGAAUUCAAGUGGAUGGAACAACUUCAAGAAAACAGAACCAUCUGGGAAGCACGAGCUAAGCAAGACGCAACAGAACACCCUGUUCCUGAAUAGUAACCAUUCCUGCAUUGUAUUUUUUUCUGCUUCAUAUAUGCGUAAAUAA